GUAUCGAGAGCGGAGCAAAAUUGGAAAAAAAUUAAUCGUGUCGAGGCUGGUCGGAUAGAGCCCGGAACGAUCGCCAUCCAUGGACAAAAGGAUAAUAUAUAAAUGGAUCACAAAAGCCACAAUGGCUAGAGACACUACGGGACGCAAUCUUUUCCCUCCACCAGCACACAACUCAAUCCUGUAACACAACCAAACUGUGAAACUGACUUCACCCUUCUCAUCCUCUCUCACUCUCUCUUCCAAGCGCCAAUUCAAAGAUUUCAAUAUCUAAGUUCCUCAAACAAUGUUACUCCUGCCUCCGCCUUCUUUACACCCCUUUCCCGCCAAUCUCAGUUCCAAUUUUUCGCCGAUAAAUCCUAUACAAUCACCGUUCAGGUCCUUUCCCCAGCCACCUCGGGCCGUUAACCGUCGUCGCAACGACGAUGUCGAUGCGUUUACAAAGAAGUCUGGUUACAUAUUCGAGCUCGGUACCAGCGAAGCUGACUCUUUAAUCGAUUACGAUAUUAAAAGAAUUGCUGCGAUUUGUAGGAGGAAACCGUUGAUUUUGUUUCGAAGAUUGUUUCAGAUUGGUACUACUUUUGGGGGGUGGUUUGGGGCUCGUUACAUUGAUGGCCUUGCUGAGAAAUCUGAUCAAAUGUUCAAGAUUAGAGCUGCAGAUCUUCGGAAAAUAUUGCUGGAACUUGGUCCUGCCUAUGUCAAAAUUGCACAGGCUGUUUCAUCUCGAGCUGAUUUGAUACCACCAUCAUACCUUGAUGAACUUUCACUAUUGCAAGAUCGAAUAGCUCCAUUUUCCUCAGAAAUUGCUUUCAAUACAAUAGAACAGGAACUUGGAUUGCCAGUAGACGAGCUUUUCUCGGAGAUUUCACCAGAGCCUACUGCUGCAGCAUCCCUUGGGCAGGUCUAUCAAGCAAGGCUUCGUCAUAAUGGACAGCUUGUUGCUAUUAAAGUGCAGAGACCAGGAGUCCAGGCUGCUAUUGCCCUAGACAUACUAAUCUUGCGUUCUAUUGCAGGAGUGGUGAAGAGAGCAGGCAAAUUUAACUCUGAUCUCCAGGCAGUUGUUGAUGAAUGGGCAUCAAGUCUUUUUCGGGAGAUGGACUAUGUGAAAGAAGCAAAUAAUGGACUUAAGUUUAGGAAGCUUUAUGGUGGCAUACAAGAUGUUUUGGUUCCAGAAAUGUAUAUGGAACUCACAACUCAAAAAGUCCUUGUAAUGGAAUGGGUCGAGGGGCAAAAGUUGUCUGAAGUGAAGGAUAUUUACUUGGUUGAGGUAGGAGUUUACUGUUCAUUCAAUCAACUUUUGGAAUAUGGAUUCUAUCAUGCUGAUCCACACCCUGGAAACCUUCUUCGUACAUCUGAUGGGAAACUAGCUUAUUUAGAUUUUGGAAUGAUGGGUGAAUUUAGACAAGAACUCCGUGAUGCAUUUAUUGAAGCUUGUCUCCAUCUUGUAAAUCGUGAUUUUGAUUCACUGGCUAAGGACUUCGUUACUCUUGGGUUUCUUCCACCAACUGCAGACAAGGAGGCUGUUACAAAAGCUUUAACAGGUGUCUUCCAAAAUGCUGUUGCAAAAGGAGUCCGCAAUAUAAGUUUUGGAGACCUUUUGGGAAACUUGGGAACUACAAUGUACAAGUUCAAAUUUCAAAUACCUUCCUAUUUUUCUCUUGUCAUCCGGAGUCUUGCAGUGUUGGAGGGCAUUGCUAUCAGUUUUGACCCAAAUUACAAAGUUUUAGGUAGUACAUAUCCAUGGAUUGCUAGAAAAGUACUAACUGACAGCUCACCAAAGUUGAAGUCGUCUUUGCAAGGCCUGCUUUACAAGGAUGGUGUUUUCAGAAUUGAUCGUCUAGAAUCUCUACUUUCGGAAUCCCUUCGUGCUCGUACUGAGAGGGCCUUGGUUAAAAGCCGAGUAGGACAAACUAGUUCCAAUGUGGCUAUCAAGCAAAUCCUUUCCUUCACAUUAACUGAGAAGGGUGCCUUUGUGAGGGAAAUACUUCUUCAAGAAGUUGCAAAGGGUUUGGAUGCGCUUGGGCUAGCAACACUUGAUUCUUUAACUUCUGUGGCUAUUACAAGCAUUCCCUUUGUCGCUUCCUCUCCGUCCUCUUCAUUGACUGAGGAAGACAUAAUGAACUUGAGAAUGUUGCGUCGCCUUAUGCUACUGUUGUCUGGUCUCCAAAAGAAUGGUAGUUCCACUGUGGAGGUGACUGGGAAUGUUGCACACAAGAAUCAAAAUACAAACUUGGAAGAAUUAUUGCCUGUUUUCUAUCAAAUUUCAUCGGUUCAAGAGAUUCUGCCUGUCCUUUCUGUUAUUCCUGAGCUCUCACCAGAGCUGCAACAGCAGUUGCUUCUUUUGCCAGCAGAUCUGGCUGGACGGUUGAUUUCCCGUGCUGCUGCUAGAACCAUCAGGAGAAUGUUUCUUUGAUGUCAACUUGGUUUCAGGGCAAGCGUGAUACAAGAUAAUUCUGUACUUUUCGUUGACAGAAAAUUAACUCACAGCUUGUAUUUAAUUAUUUGCCCUAGAAUGGGAAGGAGAAGGGCACAAAUUACCUGAAAAUGGAUGGAAGUUUUGCACUUUCUCUUUUUAUUUUUUAUUACCUUUUUAACUUCAUAGUUUUCUUAAAUCUUUGGGUUGGAGAGUUAUAGCUGUUUACAUGGUGUUAAUUGCCAUGUCAGGAAAUGUAAGCCAUUGUAAAUUUGUGUAUAAUUUGUUUCUGUACAAGAAGAAUUUUAUGGAAUCCUGUAGGAGACGGGCCUGUGAAGCAUUUUUGACAA